GCAAUUGACCUCAUCACUAGCAUGCACAUUGCUGAUUAAUUACUUCUGGCCUGGAGAUAAUCAGUCCCAUUCACUAGAUAUCCCACAAAAUUAAAAACACCACCUUUCCAUUUUCUUGAUUUUGCAAGAAAAUUCCUAAUCCUUUUUAUCACCUAACACUGAAAACACCAGCAUUCCUGUAUAUAUAAUUGCAUAUUUAUCUUGUGUAUAUGCAGGGUUGUUUUAAUUGUUAUUUUUGGCUUUUGGGUUCUUGAAAACAAGUGGGGUAGAGGGUGUUGUCAAGAAAGGUCCAUUUAAGCUUAGAUUUGAACACCCAUUUAGCACUUUUAAGAGUUACUGGGUGAAGAGAUCAUAAAAAGGUGGUUUUUUUGAAGUUGGGUGGGCUUAAAGUUGGGAUUUUUUGUUUGUUUUGGAUGUUAAUAAGGUUUGGUUUAAUUAGAGAUACACUGAUGGUGGUGCUAGGUGCAUUAGUUAAGUAGAUGGUGUGCUGAUAAGAAGAUUGAGAUCUGGGCUCUGUGAGUUGCUGAUUUGAAACCCAACUCUGAGUAAAAGGUAUCUGGUCUCCAUCUAUUCAAUAUGGGUACUGAUCUGAACGAGGAACUGUCAAAGAAAACAGCUGUUUUUGGCCUCCAGCUCUGGGAACUUAUUGCAAUCAUAAUGGGAUUAUUUAUUGUAGUUAUCCUCCUGGUAUCAGCAUUUCUUUUUACAUCGAGAAAAAGACCUAGAAAAAUAACAGAAAUCAUUCCUCUUACCCGAAUUCCAGCUGUUUCAAAGGAAAUUAAAGAAGUAAAAGUCGAACAAGUUUCUUCAAAUGAAUAUGUUCCACGUGAAGGGAUUCUUCUCACUAUUCAUGAUAAAGCUAGUGAUAAUGAAGCAGAUAAAGUUUUGGUUCAUCUAGGAAUGGGCAAAAAGAAGAAUGGAGAUAAUAAUAGCAGUCAAGGUUCUUUCAAUCACAUUGAUAAAGAUGGUUAUGGGUCACAUUCUGGGGAAGGGAGUUCUGGUACAUUUCCUGCAGAUAAGCCAUCUUCUUCGCACCAACUAACUGCCCCAUCUCCACUGACCGGUUUGCCUGAAUUCUCUCACUUGGGUUGGGGUCACUGGUUCACAUUAAGAGACCUUGAAGUUGCCACCAACCGAUUUUCGAAGGAUAAUGUUAUCGGUGAAGGUGGUUAUGGGGUUGUUUAUAGAGGAUGUUUGGUUAAUGGGAGCUCGGUGGCAAUCAAAAAACUUUUCAAUAACUUGGGACAAGCAGAGAAAGAAUUCAGUGUUGAGGUUGAAGCCAUUGGUCAUGUGCGCCAUAAAAAUUUAGUACGAUUACUGGGAUACUGCAUCGAAGGAACCCACAGGAUGCUAGUGUACGAAUAUGUCAAUAAUGGUAAUUUAGAACAAUGGCUACGUGGGGAUAUGCGCCAGCAUGGCUAUCUUACUUGGGAGGCUAGGAUGAAGGUUCUUCUUUGCACAGCUAAAGCUCUUGCAUACUUACAUGAAGCAAUUGAGCCAAAAGUGGUGCACCGAGAUAUAAAAUCCAGCAAUAUACUAAUUGAUGAUGAGUUCAGUGCCAAGGUUUCUGAUUUCGGACUGGCUAAGCUGCUUGGGUCUGGAAAAAGCCAUGUUACAACUCGGGUCAUGGGAACAUUCGGGUAUGUAGCUCCAGAAUAUGCAAAUACGGGACUUCUGAACGAAAAGAGUGAUGUUUACAGCUUUGGGGUAUUGCUUUUAGAGGCAAUCACAGGCAGAGACCCUGUGGAUUAUGGCCGUCCUGCUCAAGAGGUUAAUUUAGUAGAGUGGCUUAAAAUGAUGGUAGGAACUAGGCGUUCAGAUGAAGUGGUGGAUCCAAAUAUUGAAACAAGACCAUCUACAAGAGCCCUAAAACGAGCUCUCUUAACUGCUUUACGGUGUGUUGAUCCAGAUUCUAACAAGAGACCAAAGAUGAGCCAAGUUGUUCGUAUGCUUGAAUCAGAAGAAUAUCCAAUACCACGAGAGGAACGAAGACAUCGGAGAAGUCAAGCAGGCAGUGCAGAUUUUGAAUCCUACGACACCGACAGAAGUGACAAUCCAGAAUCAAGAUCAGGUAGCAAAAGAGUUAUCUAGCAUAACAAAUUCUACUCUUCAUCUUAAGGACUGCAGACAUCAUAUGAAAUCAGUAGUAAUGCUUGCAAUGUCUUUAACCUUAAAAAAAUGUCAUCUAAGUGCAUAUGGAGUGGAUACUGAUAAAUCCAAUGUGCAAAUGUUUUGUGUUUUUUUUUUUUUUUCAUUUCAUUAGAUUAAAGGGAAAGUAUGAUUAUAUUAUGCAUGAGUGUACUUGUUAGUCCUUCCCUUUUAGCUCUUCCAAUCAAUGUACAGGUACAAAUAUUAUUUGCUAUGCAAGCUUGUGCUUGAUUUUAUUUUUCAUUUGCAAGUUCCAAGAUUGUAUUAA